CAGUAUCAAUCAUUCAAUUGUCACCUAAACCCUAACCAGAAGAUCGAUUAGCUAACUGACGAAAUGGGAUUUGAGAAGGAAGUCCUGUCAGCCGGAAACGGUCCAAAGCCGGUUCGUGGUCAGACUGUCACCGUCCACUGCACCGGCUUCGGCAAAAAUGGCGACCUUUCUCAGAAAUUCUGGAGCACAAAAGACCCUGGGCAGCAGCCUUUUUCCUUCCAAAUUGGUCAAGGCAAAGUUAUCAAAGGGUGGGAUGAAGGUGUCAUGGGAAUGCAAAUAGGAGAAGUUGCUCGAUUACAGUGCUCUCCCGACUACGCCUAUGGUCCCAAUGGAUUCCCAGCUUGGGGUAUUCAGCCCAACUCGGUUCUGAUUUUCGAGAUUGAAGUCCUGGGUGCACAGUAAUUCUGAGUUGUUUAACAUUUGAUGAACUACUUCUAGUCUUUAUUAUGUACAAUCUGAGACUCUGAGUGGUGAGAAUAAAUUGUUUUACACUUUUACCCCUUGGAUACUACUGAACCAAUGUAAUCUGCAUUCUGCACUGUUCUACUCCAGAUCUAUAUUGUAAUAAUCCAUUUGUGUGUCAGACAUGAUGAAGUUCAUCAGCCAUUCAGCCACGUGUUUACUAUUUGAUGUUUCAUGAUUCAUGA